AUGGGAGCUUCACAUGAUGCACUUGUUUCUUGUGACUGCCACGGAACUGGGGUUUGUGAGAUAAAGUGUCCAGAGAGCAAACAGCAUGAGGUCAGUCUGAAAAUGUGCGCAGGCCAGCCAGGAUUCUGUCUCAUCAGGGAGGGAGAGUUGUGUGGUUUUUGGGUCUAUGAUCUGUCAGUCACCACACUCAGUGCCUGGUGCCAUUCCCUGACAGACUUUGGUCCUUCGAAGCCGGAUUCAGGACUCGACGUGGAGGGCGAGGACGGGAGAUUGGACAAGUGCCUGGCCAGGCCCGGAUAA